UUCUCGGACACGUCACGAGUGAAUCUUUGUUAAUGUCGUUUCAGCUCUGGAAUGACUUUAAAAAGCCCACAGUACUUACACUAGCAAGCUGUCUGCAGAUGCAGAUUUAAUCGGCGAUUUCCUUUCGUCAAGGAAAUAUUCAGUGUUCUAGAGCAAAGCUCGACUAGGAUGUAUAUACAACAUCAACGAUGAAUUCUACUACGAGCUCUAGUUAUAAAAUUCAAAUUCUGAACCACUUACGUGGAGAAACGAUUUGCUAUCCAUUGGUGUUGCUAGAAGGAAUAAUUAUUGAUACAGAACACAGCUCCUCUGUUGGCCAGAGAAGAUUACUACGGACGUCGAGUGACCCUGAAUCUGACAGAGCGGAUAAGCUCCAGAUACUGGACUCAUCUCCUCAGUAUACCCCUGAAAGUUUUCAAGAGGACACAAAGUUAUUGGUAAAAUGUAAUUGCCAUCAAGUGGUGUGGCCAGUAGUCAAAGGAGGAUUUAAGGCUGUUGUUCCACUUAAAACUGGAGAAAACUUGAUUGUUUUGAAAUUAAUGCAUAAUGAAGAUAUUGAUAUUGAAUUCAAAUUGAUUUACAGACCACUGCAAAUAUCAAGGUAAGUUUAUGUGCACUGAACAACUAAUGAUAAAAGUAUGAACACUAAGGUUAGGCUGAAAUUGAUCAGGCGCGAGAGAGGUCUGAAAGUCACAGUGCAGAUGCUGAUGUUAGGACCAGUAAUAAGUGACUAUCUUAGAGAGGUGUGUUUCUCUAAGAGAAUCAGUAGCAUAGCUGCCCUUAAAGAAGCCAUUAAGCCCAAAAUUUGGGUUAAACUGAGUUCAAGUAAUCGCUGUUGUGUAUUAUAAAUGGCAUAGGCGUACGGGCCGGGGGGGCGAGGGGGGCUGCAGCCCCCCCAAAUUUUGGGCAACUCAGAUUUUUUGGGCAGCGAGAGAAAAUUUGGGCAAAGCCAGUUUUUAAAGACGUUUCCGUGAUUUUAAAUCAUUAUUUUGAAGAGAUAAAUAUUUUCUAUUUUAACCUGAAGUUGGCGUAAUAAUCCAGUAAUGUUACAUUCACACGAGACUGGUUGCCUAGCACGUAAUGAGUUUCUGGUUAUAAGGGAAAGGUAUCAUGUGCUGAUUUUUUUUUAUUGUUGGGCACUGUACUGCAAUGGGCUAUUUCCAGUGGUGAAUUGAUUAGAAUAAACUUCCGCCUAACUUUCUAGAGUCAUCUCCGCUCGUAGGACAGUGUAUGGCAGAUAGCAUCAGCAAUGGGUCUGAAAGUGAAGAAGUGGCUGACUAAUUCUCAGUUUGAAUUGCGUGAAGAAUCUUAAUUUUUUUUUAAAAAAAUCUAUCGAGUGGUUUAAAAAUUAUUCACUAAUUUGUUAAAGUAGACCGAAAUGUUUACAAAACUGCUAACAAGAGAGCCAUGAUACAUACUACUCAAAUCCUUUUUUGUAGCAAUUGGCCAGAGCUAUCUCCAUGAUCUCUCACCCACGUUUUUCAAAAGAUUGAAACUACUAUGAGGUGAAAUUGCAUGUCAAAAGCGCUUCAUUUUUUACAGAUAACGGCCAAACAUCAAGAUUUUCCUUUUUUUGCCGUAUUUCUAACGAUGAAAACUUUAUCCCAAAAUAUCUCCGCAACGCUGUUACAGAUUCCGUUUUAACUUCACGAACAUCGAGUCAACUAUUGGAGGAAAAUGCUCCCGUGAACGAUUUUGGUGCAGUUCCCAGUGAGAAAUGUUGCUGCAAUUAUAAUAGGUAAUGGCGUCAUUUUGUUGCUAUGACGACUCCGAUGUUAUUGCAACCUGGAUCAUAACAAAUUUUCAUCUUUAUCUAAUACAACUGUGGUGGUAAUUUUUCCAAAUGUUUGUUUAUUGUGGCGUAGUCUAUGCUCAAAAAAACUUCACAGGUAUUGACCCUGAAAAACUGUAUCGAGCCACCUUCAUAUGCUAGUACGGCCUAUGUUGUUGCAUCGUAUGGCCCUCGUUUCUGUUCCACUGUUUUGUAAAAAUUUGGGCAACUUACAAGAAUUUUUUGGGCAAAUGGUUUACUGCCCCCCCUGGCAAAAAAUUGCCCGUACGCCUAUGAUAAAUGGGAAUGCAAAAUUGGCUGGUUAUUCAGUAGGAACUGAAUCUGUUGCUGAAUGCCAUCUUGGUGUUUCAAGUCGAUACAUAAGCCUCUCUAUGGUUACCUGAGGAAUUUGUUUUGAUCAUGCAUCCUCUAUCAAGUUGUUGGUUUUUCAACAAAACAGUUGCAUAGCAAGAAUUGUUUUGAAAGUGAAGAAUGAUCAUCGCAGUAAAUUUUCCCAAUUUAAGCAAUUGGAAAGAAGAAGCCUGAAAAAAAAAAUCAGGGCUUCAACGGGAUUCGAACCCGUGACCUCCGCGUUGCCGGUGCGUUGCUCUGCCAACUGGGCUAUGAAGCCACACAUUGGGAGCGAGGUCAAUUUAUUGAGUUCAUAUCUCCUUUGAGGAGUGAAAUGAUGUGAAGUAUAUGAAAUAAUUCAUUUUUGAAUGAAAGUGAAGAAUGAUCAUUGCAGUAAAUUUUCCAAUUUAAGCAAUUGGAAAGAAGAAGCCUGUAAAAAAAAAAAUCAGGGCUUCAACGGGAUUCGAACCCGUAAACUCCGCGUUGCCGGUGCGUUGCUCUACCAACUGAGCUAUGAAGCCACACACUGGGAGGGAGGUCAAUUUAUUGAGUUCAUAUCUCCCGUGAGGAGUGAAAUGAUGUGAAGUAUAUGAAAUAAUUCAUUUUUUAAUUCAUUAUAAAUUGACCUCGCUCCCAAUGCGUGGCCUCAUAGCUCAGUUGGUAGAGCAACGCACCGGCAACGCGGAGGUCACGGGUUCGAAUCCCGUUGAAGCCCCGAUUUUUUUUUUCUUUCCAGUUGCUUAAAUUGGAAAAUUUACUGCGAUGAUCAUUCUUCACUUUCAUCUACAACCGCAGUUCAAAAAUGAAUUAUUUCAUAUACUUCACAUCAAGAAUUGUUUUGCUUGGUAACACGCCUAGUUAGCUUGAGUAACCACCAUGACAAUGGAAACAGGAAAAUACAUCACAGGUUUGGUAAGCAAAUAAAUUGAGCUUGCAGCACACUUUCCCUACAAAUUUUUUUGCCAUCAUUGCACAACCAACGUUGUCAAACUUGAUCAGGAGAAAGUCGACUAGGUCUGAGACUACUCUAGGAAUGAUGUUUGACUUGUAACAUAGUCACCUUAAUUGGUGGUCAGUGGAUAAUCAUUGCAGUUUAUUUUUCAUCCAAAGUAAAUAUUUUAGAAGCCAUAUUACCAAUAUUUUGGAGCAAGAGGAGAACCUACAGAGAAAAUAAUUCAAUAAUAUUAUUGAAAAAAUAAUAUCAUACCUCUUUGUUUUCUCAUAAUUAUAUCGUAUUAAUUUUGUCCUUUGGUACUACUGCAAGGAAAACCAAAAUGCAGCAACAGUCACUGUGACUAUGUAAAUUCUCACCUGGCAGCAACGCACGCUGAGCUCUUGAACAAGUUAGGUUACACCAUUUUUGCGAAGCGCAGACAGCAAGAGAUUAUAAAAGUGAUAAUGCUAGAGAAAGUGUCCAAUUUAUUGGAGUUAGGUCUAUUCAAUAGCACUUAUAACUCUGAGGUUACCUCAUAACAUUUAACUUCUCUUUAGCUCGCCAUAUCGGUGUCCACUGCAACUUCAGAGAUAUGAUUUUGCACUACAAGACUGGUGUAAGCUUACAUUUUAUCUACAAUACUGAGUGAAAUGCUGAUCCUUACAAUGUAGCUUUAGUGCUCACAAACCAGUCAUGCAGAAAUAUACUCAUCUUAGGAGAUAGAUGUAACAGGUGAAAAUUAAAUUCAGGUUAAAAAUUUGUAACCUACCUGAGUAGGUUGAUUCUCUGUUUCCUUGGUCUCCUUGUCCUGAUUAUUCAGUAAUUUGGGCUAGGAGACAAUGGAAAUUGAGAAUCAACCUAGGUUAAAAAAUUUUAACCGGAAUUAUUUUAACUUGUAACAUGUACAGAAAGACUUUUAUAAGGAAUUCAAAAAGACUCAUCAUGGUCAGAUAUUCCUCAUUCCUUCCAGAUUCAGACUAUAAUAGUAUUCUCUUUAACUGAAAGAGUCUGUCCCUUGAUAACUUACCGCUAAUUUCUCAUUAAAUGCAACAUUUUAAGCAAGCCAUAAAGGCUGUGCUGCAGUUAUUCACAAGUCAGUGUUAACUUGGCUUGCCAUUAUGUCCUUCCUGCUCCUUCAGGACUUUCAGCAACUAGGGCUUAAAAUUUAGAAAUGGCUGGCUAACCCCCUGAGAAUGAUGUUGACCAGCUCAAAGUGGCCUUCUUAUCAACAAGGUGUCUGGAAACCAGUGCAGUAGAGAGGAUAACAAGAAACCAAGCAAAACUUAGCCCCCCACACUGGCAGUUUUAGGAGAGCUCAUUUUUUAUCUCUCCCCACAAAUGCCUACUCAACCGAAGACAACAUUCCUUUCCCACGCUUAGCCAAUCACAUUGUACUUUCUAAGUUCUGGAAAGUUGACUUUGGCCGCAAGGUAAUCUGAUAAUUACUUGAUCUGCAUGAAACACUGGGAAAGCUUUCUGACCUCUAAUAAAUGUUAGAUUCAGAGUGGCAAAAAUAAGGUUUAGUCAAAUUUUAGAAUACUCCAUACCUUGUAUAACCUUAGGAAAGAAAAGAAGGAAAAGAGUAACUCUAGGGUCACGUUUUAGUUGUGUUUAGCCUGUCAACACUUUAUUUCACAACUGUUGAUUGGUCCCUUACCAUGCAAAUAAAACAAUGGGAAAGGAAUGUUGUUUUCGGUAGAGCGGGCGUUUGUAGGGAGGGAUGAAAAACGAGCUCCCCUAAAAAUGCCUGCUGGGAGGCUAUGCAAAACUAAGCAAAAUAUAUCUUUGUAUAAUAAUUAACCAUUCUGUUUUAUGUUCAUGUAAGAGAUAAUUUAUUAGUCAUCCAGAUGCAUUGUAGAAUGAUGUGCUAUUGCUUUUACUGACAGGUUUGUCCGUGUUGUUUAUGUGAAGUGUGCUGAUAGUGAUGGAUCAUUUGACGCUCCUGCCGAUGUCCCCUGUGAUGUUAAUUGUGCGGUAAAAAAGCUCUCUUUUAAUGCCCAACUUCUUCAGACUUUUACAGCAGAAAGCUUAUAUCAACAUGGUUUAGGGCACAAAACAUUCCGGAUAGAGGAAGAUGAAUCUGGUUCUCCUAAGGUUCGUAUAUUUACUAGCAAGUUGACUUCAGCAGAGGCUUUAAGCAUGACUGGAGAUCAACUGUACAACACUUUCUUUAAAGGUAAGCAUAUUGUUUUGUUUUUUUGUGUCUCUCUUCUCUUCUUUUCCUCUUAAUUAUUACCUAAUCAAGUGACUUUAUAGGGGUAACACAAUUAUUAUUACUGAUAAACCAGUAGUUUCCAUUGUGGCCGAAAGGUUAAGAAUCUCAAAUGGCCGGAGGCAAACCAGUUGGCUAUUUACAGAGGGUGGUAAAGGGGGGUAUUGAUCGUGUUUCAUGGAAAAUAAAAUGGCCAUUUCAAAUUCCAUGGGCAAUAAAUUUGGCAUUUCACGUUUUAAAAGGUUUUUAUACGAUCAAUUUUUCUUACUUCGGUUAAGAACUACAUCCAAAGGACUGCGUUGUUCGAUGUCCUCACCAUUCUCCCACUUCUUGUUCUUGGUGCUGUGAAAAGGAAACUGAGGUCUUUGUUUAGAAGUUGACGCACGGCACCAUCUUCUUCUAAAACAGACUCAUUGUCAUCAGAGGAUUUCUCAUCGUAUUCAGAGAGCUGGUCUGCUUCAAUCAAACAGUUGAAGUUAUAAUUUCUCUCAAAAAAUUAAAAAUAGCAUGAAAGAAAAUCACAGUUCACGGUGAAUUAAACACCUGAUUCUUGUUUGUGUAGGUAAUAGCAUGAUUUGUAGUGAUAUUUGGCAUAUAUACCACGAAUGAUUUUUCAAAAUUGUUAUACGAAAUUUCACGAGCCGUUAGGCGAGAGAAAUUUGAGACAAUUUUGAAAUAUCACGAGUGCUAUUUAUGGCAAAAUAUAUCACGUACAAAUCAUGCUAUUAUUUGUUUAUACUACUACCCACAAAAGGUUUGUAAUUUUCACACGUAGGUAUUUCAAAUUAAGCUGAAGUACCACUGCUAUAAGCCAAUCAAAUCGCAGAAAUUUCUCAUGUAGUAGUAUAACACAGAUAAUUAUUAUCAAAAAUCAUUGCUCACAGCGAUUACCUAAAUCACGUUUCACAAGGAACAGAUCAAAAGCUGAUUUCACAAUUCACGGGGAAUAAAACAAGCAAUUCACAGUUCACGAAAAUACCCUUUACCACCUUCUUUACAAGCGUGGCUGAGGGGUUGAACUCAGGACUACCAAGAACAAAUAGCAGUUAGUGCAAGAAUUGAACCUGGGGUCUCAAGAUUACAAUUCCGACUUUCUCUAACCACUCAGCCAUCCAGCCUCCAAUGGAUUAACUGUAUGAUAUAGUCGGUGACAACAAAGGUAUAGAAAAAUGAAAUAAUUCACCUUUAAUCACCACUCCCCCUCAAAAUUUCCAGUGACCUUUCAUAAUUCUUUAUAGCAUCAUUUGUUUCUUUGAGUCAUCCCUUAAAUACACUGGAAAAUGCAUUGCUCAGAAGUAUAGUGCUAUUAAGGCUUGGAAUCCAGCCUUUUGAGAGUACUGUUGUAUACUCUUAGGAGACUGCACUGUAACAUCUGGAAGUUUCUGUACUAAUUUUAACCACAAGUUGUUUUCUGGAUUUAAACCCUUAUUUUUUAGAGGAUGGGGUCUAUAACUGUGACAAGCCCUACAAACUAAAAUAUAUACUUUCAGCAAAAACACCACUUGAGAGAGUUUAUACACAUCAAAAUAUCCAGUCCAUCCAAUGAUAUGUCUAGACCGUUUUCAGCUCCAUGUUGAUCUCAGGCAAAUCUCAACUUACAUUGAAAAAGACGCAAUGCAAACCCCUGUAAGUCAAUUAAGAAACUAAAUAAAUUAAUAUUUUGAAUAAUUUGGCCCCUUUUUCCUAUUUCCUUCCCUUGAGUAAUUAUCAUGGGGGCAUCUAUUAGACAGGUGGUGCUCAUUAGAAAGGGGCAUCAUAAUACAAACUUAACAUCAUAGAGUGUAGGAUAGGGGUUUAUUAGACAAGAGCCAUUAUUUUAUUUAAGAGGCACUGUCAAUUAGAUCAUUUACAGCAUUAUGAUUAUGGAAUUUCUGUCUUUGUUUUCAGAACUCAAGUGCUCAAAUCUUUAUGAUCCAAUGUGUAAGUUCUGGACUUUUAUGUCCUGCACCCAUUAUGACCCACCUCCUUCAGAUCAGUUUGACGAGAAGCUCAUUACAAAAUAUGUCAAGGCCCACACUGCCCUCGGAGGAGGGUAUCUUGCAUUGUUUGGAACAGGAGGGUUGCACACGUGGGCUUCAAGUGUUGAAGAGUUGGUGCCUUGUUUUACUGAUGCAAGACGCAUUAACAAACUGGAACUCUUUGAUGACAGUGGAGGAAGGUAGAUUAAACAAAGACGAAGUAAACCUUUAUUUGUUCGGUUGAAACUCUGAGUAAUUUAAUAUUAAAAAAUAAAUGUGGACUAGGAGUCUAAAUUAUUUGAGUAACCCUUCAGAAUUAUUGCAUUUAAUUUAAGAAGGGCUAGCAUGGUGAAAAAAAUUCCUUUAUGGUUGUCUACCUAUGUGGCAUAAUCCUCUUUAGGUCUUAAAAAAACUUGUCACUGAUUUAGUUUGAAAGUGAGUUGCUUGGACUCUUGUCCAUUGGAUAAGUAAGCUUUCAAAGUUACUCGUACAGCUUGAAAAUAUCACGCUAGACUGGACUACCUGACAGGACUUUUUCAUGCCCUACCUUUUUUCCUACCUUGUGAUCAGAGAUUAUAUAUUUAUUGUCCAAGUACUUGCUCUCCAUCUAUAUGAUGAUUCUUUCUCUCUUGCUUGGCUUUUAUCAUUUUUGAUGUCAUUCGCAUCGCUUGUCAGUCACGUAGUUUGUUUGUUUUACACACCCCAGAGCAUAUAAAAAAACCAACUACGCAACUGACCAGCAAUGCGAACGACUUCCUAAACAAUUACAGCCAUUCAAGAGAGAAGCCUCUGCUCACAGGGCGUUAAGUUCCAAGAUUUACCUUAAUUUUUACUAAAUGGAAUUUCUAGCUUUUGACUCGAUGUUGUCAUGGACAAAAUCUUUAGUUUGAUCAUUGAAAAUUUCAUAAUAUUAUUGUAACCUCAUAACUACAUUAUUUAUAAUCUGCACAGUGGUUUUAACUUUGGAUUCUGUGGAUGAAAUCCCAAUGUUGUUAUUAUUGUAGUAUCUAUGAAACCUCUUCAGCCCAGUGACUGUGUAGUUCUAACUAUUGAGUUAGUUGAUGGACUUGUUUGGUGUCAUCAAAUAAAAGAAACAAAGCCCCACGGCCCUCACAAACAAGGGAUAUAAUAUAGAGAGGUCCUGGAAAAUAAUGUGGUCCUUUACUAUGUAAUUUGACCGUUUGUUUAUAUUACAGGUCAAAACAUAUUCAGGUUGAGUAUUUUUUUACCUAUAGGUUGAUUUUCAAUUUCCUUUUUCUGCUAGCCCUAAUUCAUAAAUCAUUAGAGCAACAAAAGAAAUAGAAAAUUAAUUUUGUUUUGACAUGUAACAUAUACAUGUAUAGAAAUCCUUUCAAUGGUACUUUUACUUGUUGCCACUAUUUUUCCAUCAUUUGGAAGUGUGGUUUUCUUCCCUCUUGGGAGCAAAAGAUUUUUCUUAUAAAAAGCUUUUUCGUUUUCUUUCAGGGGCACUUACUGGGCAAACUACGCCACUGGUCUUGGAGCUUCAAUGCAUGAACUUGGUCACUGCUUUGAUUUGGCACACACUCCUAAAGGCAUUAUGGGUAGGGGAUUUGAUGACAUGAACAGGGUAUGGACCAUGUGGAGAAAACCCAGCUCAUUAGAAAAGGAUCUAAUAGCUGAAUCUGUGAAGCCAGGUUAGGUGCUAGAGAAUGAUUGAUAGUAGAAACAGUUGAACUUUUACAAAGCAGACAACUAUGGGACCGUGGCUAGGGUGUGCUUGAUGGACUGUAAAACAUUUUUAAAUGUAGGUUCAUUUCAAAGAAAAAUGGGGGGACAAUUUUGGACUCACUGAAGGUCAUGUCCUCUCAAAAGUGGUUGUCUGCCUAGCAUAGAGACAGCAGGUGUUAUCGUACCAGGAAGUACAGUGACUGAUGAUUUAGUAAUGCAAGUGUCGAUAGCUGAAUUCAAGACUUGUGGGCAUAUUAAGGUAGAAUAUUCCACACAAUAGAAUUAAAAUUCAUUUCAAAUAUGUAGUAAAUUUUAGGGAAGAGGGGCAGUAUUUCAUACUGUGAAAUACAAUUCCAAGGAGAACUCAUUAUACAGAUACAUACGUUGUAUGCCAGAAAUCAGGGCACUCACACUUUCUUGCGCAACCAUUUAGUCAGUUCUGUGAUCAUUUUAUAAGAAAAAAAGUGACCUAGCCCCCUAAACUUAGUAACUGUUUGUGCGUUCAAUUAUAGAGGAACAUGCCUGUCAUCUUGCACUUUUCUUCCUGACUUCAAGUGAAAAACAUAUUUCUCAUAUGGCAUAUGAGCCAUUGUACCAUACCCUCCAAAUAUGGUAACUGUUCAUGUCUGCUCAAAAUUAAAAACAAGCUGAAAAUCGGUUGUUUUUACAAAUAAAGUCAGGAAGAAUUCUCGAUAUUUUGUGGGUGUUUUUAAUAAGACAAUAAUUCGCACUUGUUGGAUACGAGUUGAUUAAAGGCAACUGGACACAACACGCCUCACCAUCUCAUAUCCAACGCCCACUGGUGGAAUAAUUGUUAAAUUUUCUUUUCUCCUUUGUCACAGUAGACCCCAAAAAAGCUAUCCACAGAGCUGUAGCAACUUCAGCUCGUGUGUCAACCACAGGCUACCCAGCUGCUGAAGCUCUUGUAUCCCUAUCAGAAGAUAGGAGUGUGUCCACUGAAAACACCAACCUUGCCACACCUAGUGAUUGGACCCAUGGAGCCCACUGGUAUAGAUCCUCUGCUGUUCUGCUUUCUUAUCAUAAGUGAGUUUCUUCUGUUAGCACAACCUCUAUACUCAGUGUAGACAUAAGUUAGUUUUAGUUUACUACAAUCAAACCUCUAUUAAUAUUAAGUGGUCACCCUUGGGAAUUAGCCACCAGAUGACGGCUGAAUGAAAAUUUUCUAAAUUAACCCCAUUAUGUUGUAGAAAUUGACAUAGAGGGCAAAAUUGAACACUCUAUUCACAGUCUUUAUUUUGUUCACAACAACAGUAACACGAAAUAUGAUAAAAGUACAGUUCAACCUCUCUACAAUGGCCACUGUGGGGACAGAAGAAAGUGGCCGUUGUAAAGAGGUGGCUGUUUUAGAGAGGUUUCAAACAAGAGUCGAUGUAUGGAUUUUUUGUCCUCUGGGACGAAAAAAAGUGGCUGUCGUGAAGAGGUGGCCUUAGCGAAGGUUCAAGUGUAUUUGGAUAUUUUAAAGAGUUCAUGCCUAAACAAAUUUUUACAUUAAUGUUCAUCAGGCAAGUGUCUUUACAAUCAAGCACAUCAUCAACAAUUUUAAAACCUCAUUCAACAUGAAGAGAGAGAUGUGUAUUUAACAGCCCAGAUUAUAAUGUUAUGUUGCAUGUGAUGAGCUAUGAAAGAAACUGGACGUGCUUUGCUUAUCUUUGUGUCAAAAAAUGUGCCAUUUAUUGAUUGUUGUGUAGCAAGGUGACUGUUUAGCAGAGGUAAAUCACAAUAAAAUUAGCCAUUUGGGAGAUCCAAAUGGUGACCACAUCCGCUUUAUACAAGUGACCAUUGAAUAGAGGUUAAAUUAAUUUAAAGGAAUUAUGGGAAGCAAAUUUCAAGAAAUUGAUAGGUGACCGCUUAAUAGAGGUUUGACUUUACAAUCUUACACCUAACUACUAUCAGCUGCCUUUACCAGCCCUUAAUCACUACUUCUGUUCUCUUCAUGGGCACCUCUAUGUAAAGAAGGACACCUCCUAAAAUGGUCUCUUUGAGUUUCACUAGCCAGGAAGGUUUCAGAAACUUCUAUUUUGGCCUUGGAAACAAAGUUGCUAUGUUUUUUUUAGCAGUAUUGUUUGCGUCUUUUAUGAUCAUCUGUUAGCCAAGGGGAACAAGGGUGGCCAAGUGGUGAGAGCACUUGUCUCCCAUUAGUAUGGGGCCUGGGUUCAAGUCGUGGUGUCUACACCACAUGUGGGUUGAGUUUGUUGUUGGUGCUCUCCUUUGCUCCGAGGGUUUUUUUUCCAGGUCCUCCAGUUUUCUCUUCUCCUCAAAAACCAACAUUUCCAAAUUCCGAUUUGACCAGGAAUGGUAGAUAAAGAACCACUUUGUAUUGUGGAUGCACAGUGUACUGCCUCUAAAUCAUUAUUUAUUUAUUUACUUAUUUUAUUUAUAUAAUUAAACAGCUUUUCCUGAAAAGGUUAUGGUAUAAUUUUGUUAUUAAAUCCCUUUCGUUGGACAUCUCAUUAUGACAAACACUAAUUUACCAGUCCUUAUAGGUGAAGUCUCUCUCAAAGACAGUUGACUACUCGUAUGUGACUAAAGUUUCUUUGAUUCAUAGAUGGUUAUCCAAUUCCAGUCCUGAAGGAGAUGAUGAAAGUGUCUUUAACAAUCCCUUAGUGCACUGGUGUCACAAUGUUUGUGGUCCUGUUGGUAAUAGCGGUGGCUGCCAUCAGAAAAACCAGCAGUCAUUCAACAGUGUCAAGUGGCUAGAGUCCCAGGGGGCAGCCCCAGGGGGCUUUAUUAUCCACACUGGGGAAUAUGUUAACUGCAUACAGAUCAUAGGAAAUCAAGAACAAUCUGGUAUACCUUUCAAUACUUAUUGAAUAAUUUUGUGAAGCAUGAACAUCCGCAUAAGAAUAGGACUGUUGUCAUUGACGGUGACUGACGUUUCGACAACCUGUGCGGUAGUCAUCUUCAGAGUCAAAGUGAGUUGUAUCACGUCAGUUGAUGGUAUUAUACUCUGGUUAUUGACCUUAUUGGUCAAUUAAGUCGUGACGUUAUCGUCUGUCAGUUAAGCCGACUCUAAAUGUCAUUGGUGCGUUUUGAUCUGUCUUUUGUCCCAGUUUAACAGCAGUUUCUUGUUAGUCAAAUUGUCGGUUGUCUAGUCAUUCUGUUGUUGUAGAUUUUGUUGAGUCCGUCAAUAAAUUAUUAGUCGUCUUUAAUUAGUGUUCAGCAAUGUGAUUGUUAACCUCCCCAUUUUGUCGCUCGUUUGUGUUCAGUCAGUAGCGUGCUAAGGUUUUUGCUGGUCUCACCAAUGUAAGUGGCCUGGUCCUGUAUAAUACUCCCUGUCUGUCCUGCAUCAUUGGACAUUUAGAGUCUUCAUAGCCAGUAACAUCACAGCUUAACUGACAGACGACCAAUAAUAUCGAGACUUAAUUGACCAAUCAAUAACCAGUGUGUUAUACCAUCAACUGACGUGAUACAACUCACUGACUCUGAAGAUGACUACCGCACAGUUUUUCGAAACACAAGUCAUAGUCAGCAACAGUCCUAUUUCAAGACUAUGCUCACCCGGACGAUAUUGUAAAAAUCUUAGCAACAACGCUAUUAUUGGCAUUUUAUUAUAGCAACAACGCUACGGAUUUUCAUUAUAGUAUUACAAUUCACAAACUCGUCCGUAGUCCUGGCUAUUCUACCAAUUACCAGCCCUUCUUUUUAGCAGGGUUUUGAGGGGGAGGUGAAAGUGGGUGAAAAACUUUCUUGACUUAUGGACACAUGUUAACUAUCAAUCCUAAGUGUUUUGGAACAAUAACCUAACACAUUGCAGGAACUCUCCCAGUCAUGCGAUUUAAAUUUUACACAGCAGACGAUAUUAAGGAGGACUAUGAUCAACUGCCUGGUUCCUCAGAACUUAACUUUAAAGCAGAUUUCCUUUGAAUUCUCCCUAAAGUUUCGUUCCAUCUAAAAAUGCAUCCGUUAGGGUGGAGUCCUUGGGACUGCUUUUUGGAUGAUUUUUUAAUGGUGAAGAAAAAUGAAGAAGGGAUUAUGUUUGAAAUAGUGAAAAAGGGAAAAUUAAAGAUUUAAAAAAGGUGACUGGAAAAUGUUGAAGUGAAUUAACACCGCAAAGGCCAGAUAGUCCAUCACACAUCGAGCCCUUUAGGAGACUAACUUGUUUCUUGUAUACCAAUUCAACCUUUUUUCACUAAUAAUUCGCACCCUUUUCGAGCAAAAAUUCAAUUAUCAUUACUGUUGAAUUUCAUCUUUUCUUGUUACUCAGGAAAAUGCCAAGAGGUUUUAUCGGAUCCCCAUGGCACAGAUGGCGUAGGAAAGGGGUAUAUCUUCACCAUCAGUUCCCCGGAUGAAUACAUCACGGCUAUUGACGUCAGAGCUGGAGGAUGGAUUGAUGCCAUUAGACUCCACACUAAUCAAAAGUCUAGCAUAUGGAUGGGAGGGGUGGGUGGUGAUGAAUACCACCUAAAGGCUCCCCCGGGGAGAAGUAUUCUAGGCAUCAUUGGUACAAGUGGAGAAUUUGUUGGAUCGCUUGGAGCACUUCUUAGCAGGUACUUUUCUCAGGGAUGUUAAGAACCAACAUAGAAUAUUUGAGUGCGCAAGAAAAUCACGGAUGGUUUUUUUCACGCGCGUUCACGUUUUUCGAUUAUUCCGUUAUGUGGCAAUACCCUUUAGACCCUAAGAUUCAAGUCUUACCGUUCAUUAGUCAUUUUCUUUGAAUCUCAAACACGGACACUUAAAAAGAAGGGGUGCCAAAGGCUUUUCAUGCGUUGACAUGACAGAUUUCACGUAAAGAUGAAAGUAACGGGGAAAAAUUAAGGCAAGAUUUCAGCUGGUUUGUUGGGCUAGGAAUAUUGUUAAGAAUAGCUUUGCGUGGCUUUUAGGAAACAUUUCGAGAGAUUUAAGUUUUGAAGACGUGCAUCGUGUUGAUUAUUUGGUUAAUUUUCCUGAGGAAAUUCCUUCGUUUUCAGUGAUUCUGACGUUGUAGCGACCAAAGAAGACGUCGAUGACAAACUUGUUGUUGACGCGCCAAACGGAAUAAGACUGAUUGAGCUAUGGAACAAGUCACACAGUGAAGUCUAUAAACACUGGGAAUUCCUCCAGCCCAACCCACCAAUCACGUUUACUCUCUCCAGGAGAGAGCUUAUGGACAAUGCCUCUACGCUGUUAGUCGAAGACGACAAGGGAAACAUUGGUCGUACAGGAUUCGUGUAUGAUUAUAGCGAUAUCCUUUGAUGUUGAGGCGAGUUAUUAGAGAGUUUUAGCACCGACGACGCCCACGAAUACGAGGUUUGGAAACAAGUGUUACUGAGCAUGCGUGCAUUUUAAAAUUUUUUAGGCCAAUAACUAUAACAUGCUUGUAGUAUGAUGUUUAGGGAGUUCAGCAACUGCCACAGCAAAGGGAGUAAAUGCUUGUAGUAUGAUGUUUAGGGAGUUCAGCGAAUUACUAAAACCAAGGCAGUAAUUGUUUGUAGUGUGAUGUUUAGGGAGUUCAUCAACUAUGACAACAAAGGUUGUAAAUGCUUGUAGUAUGAAAAUUGAUGUUUAGGGAGUUCGACCAACUACGAAAACAAAGAUAACGAUUAAAGUCGGAAAAGGUGAGGUGAGCAAAAUAAGGAAGGUUUUCCAGUCGGUUAAAAUUUCCGACAAUUUCGAAACGUCUGUAAGAAGUCGCAAAGACUGGAUCACGUGGUUUUCGCGACUGAUAGCAUAACCUACACUCGGACGAGAACCUGAGAAGUCGCAGCGGUAUUUCCUUCGAGAAACGCAUGUUAGGUAAAAUUCACCAGACAUUGCGAUUUGUUAGAGGUAAAAAAAUGUAGCGGUUAUUUUUUAUUUUUUUGAGGAAAAAAAAUAUCAGUAAGAGAAUUUCUGUUUUACUGAAACUCUAGGGGAGU